ACACUGAAGUUACUCUGCUGCACACUUCAACAGAAGAGGAGGUUACUCAGGGACGAAGCAUCACCUCAUCACUCUCAGGGUUAUUUCUCUGGAUUUUAAGAUCUGCAGUUUGAAGAUGUGUUCAACCAUCAUGUGAUGAAUUGACUGACCGAUCUCAUUAACUGCAGAAACCAUUGCUGUUUACUUCAGGGCGCUAACUAGUUGGAGUACUAAGAACGUGCCACGGAGAGGUGAAAUGGCGCAGAAAGAAGUUCAACUGGACCGGGAAACCAUUUCCUGUCCCAUUUGUCUGGAUCUACUGAAGGAACCAGUGACUAUUCCCUGUGGACACAGCUACUGCAUGAACUGUAUUAAAACCUGCUGGGAUGAACAAGAGGGGAAGACGGUCAACAGCUGCCCUCAGUGUAGGCAGACCUUCAUACCAAGACCUGUCCUGGUGAAAAACACCAUGUUAGCAGUUUUAGUGGAGGAACUGAUGAAGACUGGACUCCAAGCUGCUCUUGCUGAUCUCUGCUAUGCUGGACCUGAAGAUGUGGUCUGUGAUGUCUGCGCUGGGAGAAAACUGAAAGCCCUAAAGUCCUGUCUGGUCUGUUGUAUCUCUUACUGUGAGAAACACCUUCAGCCUCACUUUGAAUCCCCUGCUUUUGAAAAACACAAGCUGGUGGACCCCUGCAAGAAGCUCCAACAGAACAUCUGCUCUCUUCAUGAUGAGGUGAUGAAGAUGUUCUGCCGUACUGAUCACCAGUCUAUUUGUCAUCUCUGCUCUAUGGAUGAACAUAAAGGCCACGACACAGUCUCAGCUGCAGCAGAAAGGACUGAGAGGCAGAGAGAGCUCGAGGUGAGUCGACAAAACAUCCAGAAGAGAAUCCAGGACAGAGAGAAAGAUGUGAUGGAGCUUCAACAGGAGGUGGAGGCUAUCAAUCUUUCUGCUGAUACAGUGGUGGAGGACAGUGAGGGGAUCUUCAGCCAGGCGAUCUGUCUCAUGGAGAAAAGAAGCUCCGAUGUGAAGCAGCAGGUCAGAUCCCAGCAGGAUACUGAAGUGAAUAGAAUCAAAGAACUUCAGCAGAAGCUGCAGCGAGAGAUCACAGAGCUGAAGAGGAAAGACACUGAGCUGAAGAAGCUCUCACACACAGAGGACCACCAUUUUCUGCACAACUGCCCUGCACUACCCGAACCCAUUGAAUCUACAGACUCAUCCGGCAUCAGAAUCUGUCCUCAGAAGUACUUUGAGAAUGUAAAAGUGACUGUGUCACAAGUCAGAGAUAACCUACAGGACAGUUUAAAUGUGAAAUGGAAAAACAUCUCAGUGACCAAUGAGCCCAAAACCAGAGCUGAAUUCGUCAGCUAUUCAUGUCAAACCACAGUUGAUGAAAACACAGUACACAGGUUAUUGAUAUUAUCUGAGGGGAACAGAAAGGUAACAGCAGUGAGACCACAUCAGCCAUAUUCUCGUCACCCAGACAGAUUUAUUUUUUUGGCCUCAGGUCCUGAGUAGAGAGAGUCUGACUGGCCGUUGUUACUGGGAGGUGGAGUUGGGAGAGGCAGGGGGUAAUGUAGCAGUCGCAUACAACAACAUCAACAGAUCAGGGUCGGAGUGUGGAUUUGGAAGCUGUGACAAUUCAUGGGCUUUAAGAUAUGACAACAACCGUUAUUCAUUUUGGUACGACAAUGUCCAAACUCCAGUUUUAGGUCCGCCAUCCUCCAGAGUUGGAGUGUACCUGGAUCACAGUGAAGGUAUUCUGUCCUUCUACAGCAUCUCCACGACACACAAAACCAUGACUCUCCUCUACCGAGACCAGACCACAUUCACCCAGCCUCUCUAUGCUGGACUUGGUGUUAACUUACCUGUUGGAAACACUGGUGAGUUCUGUGAACUUAAUUAGAAAGAAGUCCUUCAAAAGGUUCUUCCCUAACGUUCAUCAAAGCCGCAAAACUCUGCCUUCAGCAUUGAUCCCUCUGUUUGCUCAGUCCAGUUGAGAUGUGAUUGUUAAAAAUGUUUAGUUUUACUUUAGUUCUAAUUAGUUAUUGUGUCAGGGGGUUAACUUAGUUUUUUUAUUUACUUUAUUUACGGAUAACAACAAAAGCUUUUUUUAAUGGAGUAAAUGGUUUUCCCUCUUAUAUGGGAAACAUGACACUGACAUGUUAACAAGGCCAAAAACUGGCUUUUCACACAGUGGUCUGACUCACUGCUCAUGAUGUUUUUUUGUUUCCCUGAACAGACUUUUCUCUGCGUGAAAAUGUAAACUAUUCCCAUUGUUUCUCUCUAUGGGUUUUUUGUCAUUAUAUUACAAUAAAAAUAUUUUCAAGAACAAA